CAGCGGUCACGUGGGCGGGCUCCCCGCGGGAGCCGCCAUUUUCCGGAGCGCCCCCGGCGCGCUCUUAAAGGGGCCGCGCCCCGCGCUGAGGGCGGCGGGGUUUCGGUUCGGUUCCGGUUCUCGCUCCCGGUCCCCGGUUUGGAAGAACCGGUGGCUGCGGCUCCUCCGGUCACCACAGACGUGGGCAGAGCGUAUCGGGGCGGGAGUGGACCGGACCGGUGCGUGUGUGGGCCCAGGCCUCCUUCCAGGGCCGGCCUGACACCAUCGGGGAUCCUCGGCGUUAUUAAUUCUCUGUAAUCACGAAUAUUUUCCCUUUUUCUACCGUUCAGUGCCGCGGUUGAAUCGCUCCGUGGAGAAUCCAGGAAGGGAGGGAAGAGAAUUCUGGCUCUGCCCAGCAGCAGGAAGGGAGGGAGGGAUCCAAUUCCUAUGGAGCCAUGGCAGCCGAGGACAGGGACUACAACCUGACCCAGGAGCAGAAGGCUGUGAAAGACAAGUACCCCCCUCUCUGCAAGAAAUAUGAAUAUUUGGAUCACACAGCAGACGUGCAGCUCCAUGCCUGGGGGGACACCUUGGAAGAAGCCUUUGAGCAGUGUGCCAUGGCCAUGUUUGGCUACAUGACAGACACAGGCACAGUGGAACCUGUGGACACAGUGGAGGUAGAGGCAGAAGGGCAUGACCUGUUGUCUCUUCUCUUCCACUUCCUGGAUGAGUGGCUGUAUAAAUUCAGUGCUGAUGAGUUUUUUAUACCCAGGGAAGUGAAAGUGCUUCACAUUGACCGAAGGCAGUUCAAAAUAAGAUCAAUUGGGUGGGGAGAAGAGUUCUCUUUAGACAAACACCCACAGGGCACAGAGGUCAAGGCCAUAACUUACUCAGCAAUGCAGAUCUGUGAAGAUGAAAAGCCAGAAGUCUUUGUCAUCAUUGAUAUUUAAAGCAAGAGCGGUGUGGUUGAGGGGAUAUUGGUCAUCAUCUGGCAAAAGCCCCCCAAAACUGUAAUCCCUGUGGAAAAAACUGAGGAAUUGGCCAGUUAAAAUCAGAAAUUGAAGGGAGUUAUUGCAGGGAAUGUCAGGCUGUUUUCACUGAGAGAGAGAAUAAGAAUUAUUUGAGGUUUGGGGGCUGUGGAGGAGAGGUUUCUACAGGUUGGAGGAGUCCCAGGAGGGCUGGCAGCUUUUCAGGCUGAUAUAUUUACUGGGGGCUGUAUGAAAUGCAGAAAUUGGUGGAGCUGAUAACUAAAAUACUCCCUUUUUGCAGCGUGGCAGGAGAUAACGUUCAUCUAGAUUGAUUUCAUUUGCAUAUUUCACGUUCUAAUUCUGAGCUGACAUCCCUCCUCCAUAUUACAUAAACCCAAAAUAGCUGCAGUGGCUCAGCUGUAAUGUGGGGAAAAAAAAUCUGAAUGUUUAAAAUUAGACAGCUAAAAAAUGAUGCCAGUUAAACAAACAAACCACCACAUCUUUUAAGCUGCUUUAAAAAGAAGUCAUGCCAGCAGGUGGUGCUGAAUUGCUGUGAAUAAAUUGCCACGUGAAAUCCUAAAGCGUGUGACUGUGUACCUGAAAUCCUUUUAUCACCUAUGAUAACUCUAAAAAGUUGGCAGCUUUGCUGCUGUGCUGGAAGGGAAUGGAAAGGGAUGGCCCAGGUUCUCCCUGGGUUCACUCCCAGCUGGAUCUUGUGAAAAAUGAGUCUUUUUAAAAAAGCAUGGUUUGGAUCAGCCUAAUUGUCUUUUAAAUAAAAGAACAAUACAGACAGUCCUUAAAUGUUAAAGGAUUAUGGACUUGACUGAAUCAAAAAUAAUUAUAAGUGUGUUUUUUUUUUUUAAUCACAGGAUGGUAAAUGUGCAUUGCCUGCUGUUUUAAUUUAAUUUAAAUGUGAGGAGAAUAGGCCUGGCCUGCUCUGUUGCCAUAAAUGCUCCAAGUGCCUCACUCUGGUGUGUCAUCUUGUAAAAUCAUCUUAAAUAGUUCUGGUUUUAUUUCCAUGCUGUAAAGACUGAGGGAUAAAACCUCUCUUAUUUUUUAAGCAAGCCUCAACGCCAAAAUAAAACUUGGACUGAAACAACUAA